CCCAUCAGGCGUUCGAGAAAAUCUGCGUCGCGCCAGCGAGUCCCACCCCGCUCCAGGGCGGGGACUUUUCCAUCCAGGGCAAGCUGAGCAAAGCUCUCCCCAUCCCUGCCAAGGCACCCGCUUGGGACAGCAGUUGUCUAAGUGCCUGGAGACUCAGACGAUAACAGAUUGACCGAAUACGAGAGCGAUGGCAACAAUCAAGGGGGUCUCCAGCUUCAGCGCUGAGCAAGAAGCACAGGCACUAAGGAAGGCUAUGAAGGGAUUUGGCACAGAUGAAGAUGCCAUCAUCGAGAUCUUGACCAAACUAAAUGUUUCCCAACGCCAGGAAGUUCUGAUCACCUAUAAAAGCAGUAUUGGCAGGGAUUUGAUUGAUGACUUGAAGUCUGAGCUGAGCGGGCAUUUUGAAAGGGUGAUCAUUGGUAUGAUGACUUCUACCACCAUGUAUGACGUGCAUGAACUGAGGAGGGCUUUGAAGGGUGCAGGAACAGACGAAGGCUGCCUGAUUGAAAUUCUGGCUUCUCGCACAAAUGAAGAGAUUCGGCGCAUUAACGAGAACUACAAACUUCAAUAUGGCCGUACCCUUGAGGAGGACAUUGUCUCUGACACAUCUUCCAUGUUUCGAAGAGUCCUCGUGUCCCUUGCGACGGGAAACAGAGAUGAGGGAAUGUAUGUGGAUGAUGCCCUUGUUCAGCAAGACGCUCAGUGCCUGUAUGAAGCUGGGGAGAAGAAAUGGGGAACAGAUGAGGUACAAUUUAUGGCCAUCCUCUGUACACGGAACAGAUGCCACCUACUAAGAGUUUUUGAUGCAUACAGAGGGAUCGCUAAUAAGGACAUAACAGACAGCAUUAAAUCUGAGAUGUCGGGAGACCUCGAAGACGCUUUGUUAGCUGUGGUAAAGUGCAUGCGAAAUAAGCCUGCGUAUUUUGCUGAGAGAUUGUAUAAAUCCAUGAAGGGCUUGGGAACAGAUGACAACACGCUGAUCCGAGUGAUGGUGUCCCGCUCUGAAAUAGAUAUGCUGUAUAUCAGAAAGGAAUUCCUGACCAUGUAUGGGAAAUCACUCUACUCCUUCAUUAAGGGAGACUGCUCAGGAGACUAUAGGAAAGUUCUGCUCAGACUCUGUGGUGGGGAGGAUUAAAGGAUGCCUGGUGGACUGCCUGGGUGAUGGGAAGCAACUGAUCAUAAGGAUUUCUUUCUUUUUCAUUUUUCCCAACUAUCUUAUUAAUUGCUGUGAGUAUUGACUUAGAUUAGUUAAUGCUCUGGCUAGCUAAUGGCCAUUCCGGUUGAUCCUUUUGAUAUGCUUUUACGCUUGGAACACCCCUGUGUCUAGUAAUCGGGCUGGUAAAGCCCAUCUUAAACAGAAUGCUGUAACCAAAUACAGAAAAGCCAAAUGGUUUCCUGACAAGCUGUCCCAUUGCUGUCGCUUUCACCAGCAAAACUCGUCAGCUGAAGCAAACGUGGAUACAGAAUAAGAGAGGCUGUGCAAGGAAAAAUUAACCUCAUUGAUACAUGGGGAGUGCAGAAUGCAGGCUUGCUUCAGUUUUUGCAAGAUAAUUAAACCACAAAGAAAUCAAUCGUCUAAAAUACAAACACAUUUACAUCUUAUCUUGCCCUCUGUUCGUGCGGAGCAUUAACAGCCUUGCUGUGGUUUAUGUAUAUGUUGCCUUACAGAUCUGUAGGUAGGGAAGAUGUCGCUGGUGACAUCAGAAAAAACUCCCGCUGCCCUGGUUACAGGUCAGCCCUGUAUUCUUUGUCUUCCUUGACUCGUGGGAAUAUAAAUCAUCAGGGUUACAUUACAAACCCUUCCUCUGAUAAAGUGAUGUCAUUAGAACAGUGCCUUUUAAGGAAUGACCUGUCCCCAAAAAUGCAUCUCAUCAGCACUUCCUGAUGCCUUAGGCCGGGGUGCCUUGUGCUGGGGUAGCUCACCCAACCUCGCCAGCGCUUGCUGGUUGGAGCCCGGUGUAACGCUCCCGUUGGAGGGUCCCGGUUUUGUGCCUCUGCCUGACUCGCACUUCCACGCCAACCUCUGGAAGAGGCUUUUCCUCGGACCCUACACAACUGCCUGUUAAGCUGAGUGUCAUUUCCACUACAGAAAUGUGGUUCUUGUUUGGCUUAGCAAUUUAUUUUUUUAGCCGUUGGUGUAUAAUCCCAUUUUGAAGGCAUCACACCGAGGUCAGAAUUUGAAGGCACAGACACAGAUACGGCCUACACCCGAUUCUGUCGCUCAUUUUGUUCUGUAUUAGGCUACUGUCGGCUUGAAUAGGAGAUACUUCUGUGGCCUCAAAUAAAAUCAUUUCCUUUCUUGCUCUCUGUGCUGUGAUUGGAGACACAUUCCUUAGUUUUGGUGGGCGAGGAGGCAGAGCUUUUUCCAGUUCUACUGAAGCCUUCGGAGGGAAAG